AUGGUGGUGGAUCCAUUGUUGUUAGACAACAUCACGCAACAUGUGCAAGAAGGAUACACGGGGGCAAAUGGAUGGAGAGCCGAACAUGCGUUUAUCGUUACUUGGUAUCGGAUGGCUUAUGGUGGAGCCCCACGAGCACUUGAUGUCUCUCAAUUUGAACAUGUCAAAGAUUGGCAAAACACUUUCCAAUUAGUAAUAGCUUCGGAUGAAAUCCGCACAUUUGCAAUCUACAACUACGCAAGAGUCAAUUGGACAUCGAGUAACGAAGCCGGAGGGCUAAACGGUUUUGGAGGUAAACAAGCAGCGAUGGCCGGUUUCAACGGAGGAAACGGGACCGGAUGGUAUCCAUUACCAUAUUCAGGGCAUGGAAGAAUUUGGAAACUCGGCUACUUUUCAAAUGUUCUCACGCCGGGGCGCUGGGUUCACCGAAUUGACGAGCUCAUCAUUCCAGCCGGUUGCACCAAUGCUUCUGACGGUGGUGUCGUGUUGGCUCCACCAUUUGGCCCAAUGCAGGGCGGUGUCGCUAUCAAUAUUUCCGGUCCUUGUCUUCGAGAAAAGGAUGUUGUAAAGGUGACGUUUGAGUCAUGGGAAGUAAAUUGUAAGCGAAUAAGCCGGGUCCGGGCUCGUUGCAUAAUGCCGAUGUUUCACAAAACAGGAAUGGUUCCAGUCCGAAUGUCUCGAGAUGGUGGUCAAAGUUUUCCCUUUUUCGGGAAAUUCUAUAUUGUGGUUCCCGAUCGGGCACCUCCUGGUGUACAGCUUAUUGAUGCUGUCGAUAUUGCUACAAAUCGCUGGUAUCAACCAUAUGCUGAUUCCUUGAAAAUGGGAUGGCAAGCGCUGAACUUGACAUACAAUCUUGGAGCCAGGAUCGAUAUAUCUUUGUAUGGAUAUUGGGAAGAUGCUGACAGAUCUCAUUUCGAGAGGAUUGACUACUUGGCAAGAGGCGUCACAAACACUGGCGCUUAUGAGUUUAAACCGGCGCAAAUACAACGACAAAGGCUUCUUACCGAUGCUUGGAAGAAAUUUCAUUUUGGUUUUGUUCAAGUAGCGAUCAGUGAUGUUGAGGAUGGAGUUCUUUGGAGUCGACCUACACCAUUUCCUUGGUAUCAUUUACCGGAUUGGCGGUAUCAUUGGGGCAAAAAUUGGGCUUUAGACAUGUGCAUUGAUUGGUUUGAAUAUGAUGGAAGAAGAAGGAAUUUUCAGAUUGAUCUCACCAAAGAACUUCCGUGCCCUUGCAAACUGUCGCAAGCUUUACUUGAUGUCGGAAGGUUUAUGCCAAUCAUGAACUGUGAUAAAGAUGGAAAUAUGGAAUGUCCCUUCAAUAAAGGAUCUCAACAUUGCAUUCAAAGUGCAACCGCGACAUGGACAGGUUCCGCACAACAAUGUUGCUAUGAUUGGGACGGUUUCUUGAUGUUUACCGAUGAUUGGGAACCCGAUGGUGAUUACAGCCGAUUUUUCCAACCCGGAAUCCCAGCAAGAGCUCAUGCAUUUGGAGCAAGACCAUACCUAAUGCCUCCAUUCAUCCCAACUCUUUCACAUUAUCAACUCGAUGAACUUCCAUACAGAAUGUGUUGCCAAUGGAGUGAUCAUUGUGAAUUCUUCUAUUGGAGAAGAAUGACCAAUGGAUGCCAAGAUUAUAAAGCGCCAGCUGCCGGUUAUAUUUAUGGAGAGCCUCAUGUGAUCACUUUUGAUGGAAUCAGAUACACUUUCCCUGGAAAAGGCUAUUUCGUUUUGGUGAUGAAUGAGAAUCCAAAGAGCAAGCUGAUGAUACAGAUCCGACUUGAACAACCCGAUGAUACCCUUUGGCACUCGCAUGUGAAUGCGACAGUGAUUACCGGAGUUGCCAUUCAAGAUGGAGAUGGUUCAAUCUUGCAAGCAUUUGCUCGAAAAUCGAUGCGUCGUUGGCGUUAUCGAAUGGAUGUGAUUGUUGAUGGAACACCUCGAUAUUUUGAUAUGCCUUUCUGGAAAUAUCAACAAUUCAAUCGACUAAGUGUUCGCAAUCCUCUUCAAAACAUGAAUCAAUCGGAAGUUGUCGUGAUGACACAGAGUGGAGUCGGCAUUCGAAUCGGGGAAAGUUAUGGAAUGCUCGAUGUGAUGGUCACUCUUCCACCAAAUUACAAUAGCACUUGCCGACCUGGACAAACAAUGGCAAAUCAGAAUCUCCAAACAAUCAACCCUCAAGAUCGAUGCUAUACAACUUUGGGACUUCUUGGUGUUUAUAACAAUGAUCAAACAGAUGAUCUCACAACAUUGACUGGACAAAGUAUUCGAGCCUCUGGUGAUACGCACAAUGCUGGAACGACGCAAAUGAUUUAUGAUCAAUUUGGGACAACAUGGAGAAUCGAUGGUCGAAAUGAUCGAAUUGGUAAUUUACUCUUCUCGGAAAAAUACAAGCCUAUCUAUAAUCCGCUUCUUUUCGCUGAUCCGACUUAUUAUCCUGUAUUUUGGCCUUCCAAUGUGCUUGAUAUGAAUGCGAGUCGGGUUUUCUCAAUGAAUCAAGUGACGGUCGCAUGUCAAGGGCUUCCAGAAUGUGAAUAUGAUUAUAUCAUGACCGGGCGAAGAGAGGUCGGCUUGCAAACGAUGGAGAAACAAAAGAAUUUCCUGAGUUUGAGUAAAAAAGGAAGCGUUCAAUUAAAAUCUUGUGGGCCAUUAUUGAAAAAGGAAGGUGUUAUAAAGACUCCACCAGCAGCAAAUUACCUUGAAGGAGAUACCGUGGUAUUCUCUUGCAAACCAAAAUAUUUCAUUCAUGGAGAUAUCGAGCGAACAUGCAAAAAUGGAACAUGGUCACCUGGCUGGUGGGCCUGGUGCAGAGAUCGAAAUCUCGAGUAUGCGCUCAAAUGGAUGACCGCUUUGCUUUCAAUUUUUGGCAUUGUUGUUUUGAUCAUUGUUUUCUAUUGUAUUCUCUGGGAAUUGCGAAAGCGGCGAGUGGCUGAGAAGAUUGCCGACGGAAAAACGAAAGAUGUAUCAAGGAGAACAUGGAAUAAAGGACGAAACUCGCCAACACCACAAAAUACAAUCGAUGAGAAGACACCCCUUCAAAAUGGAACAUUGAGUGAUCUGAAUGGAGAGCCGAUCAAGACAAAUCCUUACGCACAACGAAUUUCACCCGAUAGCCUGAUCGCCCCACAAGCUUAUGUAGACAGCUAUAUGCCACCGCGAAGGAUCGGAAGUGGAAACGCCGAAUGGAAUGGGAACGAUGAAGUGAUCAAUGGAUACACGCUCGGCCCACAACCCACAACGUACGAAAGUUAUCCCGUGCAAUCCCAAGGGAAUGCUCAUCUAAUGCAGAGCAGUCAAAUC